AGACUAGAGGUCCAUGGAGUCUGCCUCUGUGCCAUGAGGCGAUUCCCCUAGUAUAAAAGCACGUCGAAGUGGUCCACACAAACCACAGCCAGAGCAUAAGGCAGAUCCAGUAGAGAAGAGAGGCACACCGGCCCUUUCCAGGCCACCAGGCCACCUGGCCCUCUUGCCCUCGAGUUCAGCUCGGAUGAACGAUGAUGUGAGGAAGCAAGAGAAGCAAAAGGGAAGAAGGGGUGGAAGCGGAGGAGGAAGGCUGGCGAGGAUGCUGCGGGAGCACAGGGCCAGGCUCUACAUCAUCCGGCGCUGCGUCGUCAUGCUGCUCUGCCACCAUGACUGAUGCUCGCUCCGUCGAUCGAUGUUUACCUGCGACCGUGCCCCCUGCUACAUCGUCUCUGCCUGCUCCUCUGCUCAGCCACCAUGUAUCUAGGUUAGAAGUUGUUGUUCGAUCUUAGUUUUGUUCGUUUGUUCAUAGGCUGUGCAGGCUUGGCAGAUUAACUCUCGGUGUACAUACAUAGGCAGGGGACGUAGGUAGUUGUUUUCUGACUGUUACUCUGGGUUUGGAGGUUUGUUCGGAGUGUGGCGUGGUGCUCCCAAGUCCUGCAAUGGCGAGGAUGCACAUGUAUCAAUCUGUACUGGGUACGCUGUUGCAUCUCGGUUGCGUUUUUGCUAUGUGCGAAACAAAAGGCCAAAAAAAGAAGAAACAUGUUGUCUAGCUCGUUGUCUUCCAUGGUGUGAUUUUUGCAGCUGAGGCAUGAUUGCCAUCAAAUGUUCUUGCGUCCUCCAAAGAUCAUUUGUUUGGACGAUUCGACACACAUAUGGCCAUGUCAAGUUAGCAUUUUUGCGAGCUUAAUUUGCGGGGGUAAUAUCCAAAUGAAAUCGCAAAAGUACUACAGUACUCUGACUCUUAGGUCAAAAUUAAAAUAGUUGUGCACACAACCAAAUA